UCAUUUAACACUUGGUCGUCUAAGAAUCGAGGACAACCCAAGUUAACAAACUGGAUUUUUCAGCAGAAGCAGUUAAAUAGGCCGGAUUUUUGGAAUUUACAGUACAUGGUACUGUAACGACUUGGAACGAAAAAGGACUCUUCUCUUUUUUAAGUAAUGCAAGCAGCAGUGAUGGAGGAAUCAAACGUAGAGACCGUUGAACAAACAAUCACCAACAACCAACAAGAACAUGCUCAGUUCGAGCAGCCAUCAUCGCCCACUUCUGUCGCUACGCCGACAAGUACUAACAGCGGUAAUACCAGCAAUGCAACACCAACAUUUAGUUAUGAUGACCUGUUUCCGGCAUUGCCAGCGAAUACCGCCGCUCCACUUAGUAGUAACGCCGCUCCACCGUGUGUUCGAGUGACCACCACACAAAAAACUCAGGUGUUGCAUGUUACUGGCGAGGAGCGAAAAACUACUGAAUCGGAUAAAUUCGGUGAAGGGGAAUCAAGACGAAUUUGUCAGCAAAUUUCAAAGGAUACCGGGGCUCAAAUUGAGAUUGCUGGUGGCAAGAAUCAAUCUCUAACCUUCCUAAUUAAGGGCAAGCAAAGUGAAAUCUUAGAUGCCCGUCGUCGCAUUCUAAUGCAUUUCUCUACGCAAGCUAGCAAACUGGUGUCGAUACCUAAAGAGCAUCAUCGCGUCAUUCUGGGUAAGCGUGGUGAACGUUUGCGUGAAUUAGAGCGAGUAACCGCAACGCGUAUAAAUAUUCCCUCUCAAACGGAGGAGAGUGAUAAUAUCACAAUUUCGGGCACUAAAGAGGGUAUCGAAAAGGCCGAACAAGAAAUCCGCCAAUUGUCGGCUGAACAAUAUAAGAAAUGCUCAGAUCGUACUUCCGUACCGAAAGUGUAUCAUCCGUUUAUUGUGGGUCCUAACAAUGAAAACCUUACAAAGUUAAUGGAAGAGACUGGCGCGAAAAUCAAUGUGCCACCACAAUCGGUGCAAAAGGAUGAGAUUGUGAUUUCGGGCGAGAAGGAUGCAGUAGCUAAUGCUAAAGCAAAAGUGGAAGCCAUUUAUAAAGAAAUGGAAAAGAAAUGCUCCACUGUUAGCGUUGAAGUUGCUAAGUCACAACAUCGUUACGUUAUCGGUCCAAAAGGCUCAACGUUGGCGGAUAUUCUUCGCAUCACUGGAGUUUCAGUUGAAAUGCCACCGACGGAUUCCCCAUUGGAGACCAUAACAUUACGUGGACCCCAGGUGGCUUUAGGUAACGCGUUGACCGUUGUUUACCAAAAGGCCAAUUCGGUGAAAUCGGUUGAAAUCGAAGCGCCUAAUUGGACACACAAGUAUGUUAUCGGUCGCAAAGGUGCCAAUAUGCGUCAAUUGGAAGAGGAAUGCCCCAAUGUGAAUGUCUUCUGUCUGGACGACAAAAUCAAACUAGAGGGUGAUCCAGAACGUGUUGAUCAGGCAACAACAUAUAUCAACGACAUUGUGCACAAUUACUUAGACCACUAUACGUAUGUGGUGAUGACCGUAAACCCAUCCUACUACAAACAUAUCAUUGGCAAAGCUGGCGCAAAUGUAAACCGUUUAAAGGACGAACUGAAAGUGAACAUAAAUAUUGAGGAAGAUCAGAAUAACAUACGUAUUGAGGGUCCCAAGGACGGCGUUCAACAGGCUCAGCUUGAAUUACAAGAAAAAAUCGAUAAACUGGAAAAUGAAAAGUCAAAGGAUGUUAUCAUCGAUCGCCGUUUGCAUCGUUCGAUAAUUGGUGCCAAGGGUGAGAAAAUACGUGAGAUGAAGGAUCGUUAUCGUCAAGUCACUAUUACCAUACCAAGUCCUCAAGAAAAUACGGACAUUGUUAAGCUACGUGGUCCUAAAGAGGAUGUCGACAAGUGCCACAAAGAUUUGCUGAAACUCGUUAAGGAAAUUCAGGAAUCUUCUCACAUCAUUGAAGUACCCAUCUUUAAACAGUUCCAUAAAUUUGUCAUCGGCAAAGGCGGCGCUAAUAUUAAGAAAAUACGUGACGAAACUCAGACGAAAAUCGAUUUGCCAGCGGAGGGUGACACGAAUGAAGUAAUUGUCAUCACAGGAAAGAAAGAAAAUGUUCUCGAAGCCAAGGAACGAAUUCAAAAGAUCCAAAAUGAGCUGUCCGACAUCGUUACUGAAGAAGUUCAGAUUGCUCCCAAAUUCUAUAAUUCUAUCAUUGGAACAGGCGGUAAAUUGAUUUCAGCUAUAAUGGAAGAAUGUGGCGGUGUUUCCAUCAAGUUCCCCACCAGCGACUCGAAAAGUGACAAGGUGACAAUUCGCGGCCCCAAAGACGAUGUGGAAAAAGCCAAAGCCCAAUUGCUUGAACUUGCCAACGAACGUCAACUAGCUUCAUUCACUGCUGAAGUGCGUGCCAAGCAACAGCAUCAUAAAUUUUUAAUUGGUAAAAAUGGCGCUUCCAUCCGCAAAAUUCGUGAUGCCACCGGUGCUCGCAUUAUUUUCCCUUCCAAUGAAGAUGAAGACAAGGAGGUCAUAAUAAUCAUCGGCAAAGAGGAUAGUGUGAAGACCGCCAAAGAGCAAUUGGAAGCCAUUAUUAAAGAUAUUGAUCAAGUAACUGAAGGAGAGAUAUCUGUCGAUCCCAAGUACCAUAAACAUUUUGUUGCAAAACGUGGAGAAAUCUUACAUCGCAUAGCCGAAGAGAAUGGAGGUGUUAUGAUUUCAUUUCCACGACCUGGAAUCGAUUCUGACAAAGUUACAUUGAAGGGUCCCAAGGAUUGUAUUGAGGCAGCGAAACAACGCAUUGCCGAAAUAGUUGCCGACUUAGAGGCGCAGGUCACUAUUGAGGUAGUCAUUCCACAGCGACUACAUCGCACUAUAAUGGGUGCGCGUGGGUUCAAAGUACAACAAGUGACCUCUGAACAUGAUGUACAAAUUAAAUUCCCCGAUCGCGAUGCAACCAAUCCCGUUGAAGGCUUGAUAAAUGGCACUAACAGUAAUGAUGAAGGCGGUGAUGAAAAUGUGGAACCUAUACGCGAAUGUGAUAUUAUUCGCAUAACCGGUCGCAUCGAAAAAUGCGAAGCAGCUAAGCAGGCUCUGAUUGAUUUAAUACCAAUCGUCAAGGAGCUCGAGGUGCCCUACGACCUACAUCGCACAAUCAUCGGUCCCAAAGGUGCCAAUGUUCGUCAAUUUAUGUCCACAUACGAUGUGCACAUAGAAUUGCCGCCUAGCGAAACGAAGUCUGAUCUGAUAAAACUCAGCGGUACUCCGGCGCAUGUAGAAGAAGCCAAGCUAGCUUUAGACAAAAUGAUUGAGGAAUACGAAGCAGACCGUGCGGAUCGUGAGCUUCGUUCUUACGAGUUGAAAAUCGAUGUUGAUACGCAGUAUCAUUCGAAAUUGAUUGGCCGACGCGGUGCUGUCAUCAAUAAGUUGCGUGCUGAUCACGAUGUUCAAAUCUCGCUGCCAAAACGUACUGAUCCCGAUCCACGGAUUAUUACAAUUACCGGUUACAAAGCCAAUACCGAGGCCGCGCGUGAUGCCAUUAUGGAAAUUGUGGGUGACUUACAGGAUUUGUAUCGUGAGGUCAUCGAAGUGGAUUCGCGCAUACAUUCGCACAUUAUUGGUCAUCGUGGUCGCACCAUUCGCAAGAUUAUUGAAGAUAAUAAGGUUGACAUUAAGUUCGCCUCUUCUGAUGAAGCUCAAACUAAUCCCAAUGGUGUAACAAUUAUUGGCAAAGAAGAAGAUGUCGAAAAUGCUAAGGAAAUUAUACUCAAUAUGGCUGAAGACUAUACAAAUGAAUACUUGGACAAUUUGCCACCAUCACCACAACCUCAGACUGUUGCGGCCUUCUUACCAGGUGGAAAUGAGAAUGGUUUUGUUAUUAAAAAUGCACCGUGGGAGAAAUCUAACGACAAGCAAGGCAAGAGCUCUGCUCCCAAUACUCAGUCGCAGGAAGAUUUUCCAGAUUUCGCAGCUGGAGGCCCCAUACCAUUGGCUACUCCCUUAACAUCAGCAUGGGGGCCGAAAAACUAAAUGAAAAAGUAAAAUCCAAACCGAAACUAUAUAUAAAAAAAAGUAUAUAAAAAAAACCAACAAAAAAACAGUAAAAUUGCCAACGCAUUAAAACAAACCAAAAACAUGAAAACAAGGCAAACGGUAAAGUCUUAAACUUAAAAAAGUUAGAACAUGUUGGAACACGUACACACAAAUGCUCGCAUAUAUAAAAAUAUAUAUGUAUGUGUGAGUGUUAAAUCAAAGGUUGUCCAUAGCGUUUUUGUUCUAAAAUCAAAUAUGUGUUAUAAUUUUACAUAUUCUUUCUAGCAUCUCUAGAAAUGAAAUACUAAAGUAGGAAACUACAUCCCACAUAAAAGACAGCAACGAAAACAAAUUGUCUCCAUGAGAAUAUCCAAUAUGUCUGAUACUUGUAACUACAAUAUUUGCAGAUUAAAAUCCAUUUAAUGUGUGAUGUAUAAGUACAACAUAUAACUAUCCAGAAACGGGUGAUGUUCGAAAGUACUUGAUUUGUAUGUUUUCAUAAUCAGUUAAUUUUGUUUCGUAUUCAAUAGUUUAUACGGUGAACGUGUUAUCGUAAUGAAUACAUAUGAGAAUAUUUGGUCGUUAUAUGUUUUAUCAUUGUAUAAAUAAUUUAUUGCUUUUAUUGGUCUAUUGAAAGCACCUAAUGAAAAGGGCAUUUUGAACUGCAAACAUACAAACACGAGAUACACACGAGUACGCAAUUUAAUUUAUUUUUGUUUUGCUAAGUGAGUUGACCUCUGUUUUUGCCAAUCGCCUUCUUAUUGUACGUUUUCCAUCCAAUUACACCAGCAUGCCUGUCAACCGUUGUUUGUGUGUUUACAAAAAAUUACGUUAAAAUGAAAUCCCAAAACAAAGUGAAUUUUCAAUCAUUUUUUCAGACACAUUUGUGUGUUCUUGUGUGCAUUUAUGCAUGCGUGAAAUAUAUACAUACAUAUAUGUUAAGCUAAAACUUAUGUAUGUUCGGAUAUAUGCAUUAAUCUUCGUUUUUUUUACUUCUAAUGACUUUAAAAGAAUUUAAAUUCUAUUAAAACAUGAAAUUUGUACUCUUGCGAAAUCGAAGAUUUCAACAUGCUGCUAACUGAUUUUUGGGUGACAUAUUUUAUAUGUAGCAAAAUAUCUACAUCUAAUUAACAAUUCAACGAGAGCAUACAGUUAUUUAAAUGAUGUACGUAUGUACACGCAUAAAUAAUUCUUUUAAUGUAGGAAUAAAAACGCAAAUGGUUUUGGUAUUUCACAACGUUCCUUGUAUUUGUUUUUGAAAUGAACAUAAAUAGUUACUCGUAAGAACUUACAGACAGCAUAAAUAAGGUAAAUGGCAAUCUUCUUUCAAUUUAAAGUCUUAUAUUUUUUGAGCGAUCCAAAAUUAUGUUUUGUCAUAUCUGAAGUAUUACCAUAAUUAAAUAUUAAUCAUUUAUAUAGAUAAACGAG